AUUCUAACACACAGACAGGGAGUUAGUGUGUGCGGAUCUGUGGUGGAGAAGGUAUCUCAUUCCUCUCUAACAUCAUCUCCACUUUGCAUCUGUCUCUCUUAGUCUGCUUUUUUUCCACCGAUGUAACAGACCUGGAGCCAGCAAGACUCAGAGGGAAGGACUUAAUCAGGUUUAUGUGUCCAAAAGGUUAUGAAGACAGUAUGGAGUUUCCAGACCAUAGUAGACAUUUGCUGCAGUGUUUGAGCGAGCAGAGACAUCAGGGCUUUCUUUGUGACUGCACUGUUCUGGUGGGGGAUGCCCAGUUCCGAGCCCACCGAGCUGUACUGGCUUCAUGCAGCAUGUAUUUCCACCUCUUUUACAAGGACCAGCUGGACAAAAGAGACAUUGUUCAUCUGAACAGCGACAUUGUUACAGCCCCAGCUUUCGCUCUCCUGCUUGAAUUCAUGUAUGAAGGGAAACUCCAGUUCAAAGACUUGCCCAUUGAAGACGUGCUAGCAGCUGCCAGUUAUCUCCACAUGUAUGACAUUGUCAAAGUCUGCAAAAAGAAGCUGAAAGAGAAAGCCACCACAGAGGCAGACAGCACAAAAAAGGAAGAAGAUGCCUCAAGUUGUUCAGACAAAGUCGAGAGUCUCUCCGAUGGCAGCAGCCACAUGGCAGGUGAUUUGCCCAGUGAUGAAGAUGAAGGAGAAGAUGAAAAAUUGAACAUCCUGCCCAGCAAAAGGGACUUGGCGACUGAGCCUGGGAACAUGUGGAUGCGAUUGCCCUCAGACUCAGCGGGCAUCCCCCAGGCUGGCGGAGAGGCUGAGCCACACGCCACAGCAGCUGGAAAAACAGUAGCCAGCCCCUGCAGCUCAACAGAGUCUUUGUCCCAGAGGUCUGUCACCUCCGUGAGGGAUUCAGCAGAUGUUGACUGUGUGCUGGACCUGUCUGUCAAGUCCAGCCUUUCAGGAGUUGAAAAUCUGAACAGCUCUUAUUUCUCUUCACAGGACGUGCUGAGAAGCAACCUGGUGCAGGUGAAGGUGGAGAAAGAGGCUUCCUGUGAUGAGAGUGAUGUUGGCACUAAUGACUAUGACAUGGAACAUAGCACUGUGAAAGAAAGUGUGAGCACUAAUAACAGGGUACAGUAUGAGCCGGCCCAUCUGGCUCCGAUGAGGGAGGACUCGGUCUUGAGGGAGCUAGAUCGGGAGGACAAAGCAAGCGAUGAUGAAAUGAUGACCCCAGAGAACGAGCGAGUCCAGGUGGAAGGAAACAUGGACAGCAGUUUGCUUCCUUACGUCUCAAACAUACUGAGCCCUGCUGGCCAGAUCUUCAUGUGCCCUCUUUGCAACAAAGUCUUCCCCAGCCCCCACAUCCUGCAGAUCCACCUCAGUACGCACUUCCGCGAGCAGGAUGGCAUCCGCAGCAAGCCUGCGGCCGAUGUCAACGUACCAACAUGCUCCCUGUGUGGUAAGACUUUCUCUUGCAUGUAUACCCUGAAGCGCCACGAGAGGACUCACUCGGGGGAGAAGCCCUACACUUGCACCCAGUGUGGCAAGAGCUUCCAGUACUCCCACAACCUGAGCCGCCACGCCGUGGUGCACACUCGCGAGAAGCCUCACGCCUGCAAGUGGUGUGAGCGCAGGUUCACACAGUCCGGAGACCUGUACAGACACAUUCGGAAGUUCCACUGUGAGUUGGUGAACUCCUUGUCUGUUAAAAGUGAAGCACUGAGCUUACCUACUGUCAGAGACUGGACCUUAGAAGAUAGCUCUCAAGAACUUUGGAAAUAAUUUUAUAUUAUUAAUAAUAUAAAUAAUAUAUAUACAUAUAUAUAAAUAGAUCUAUAUAUAGUUGUGGUACGGUCUAAAAGCAGUCUUGUUUCCUUGAACUAAAAAGAUGGGAUAUUAACUUGUUUUUGCACUUUAGAAUAGCAUGAGAAUCUUACUAAUUUAGCAUUCUGAUAAAGAAACUUUAGCGCAAGUCAGAAAAUAGAGGUGUUUUCUUUUGUGGGGGUAAGGGAAGUAAGCCAAUAAGAACCUUUUAAACAAAUCAUCAUAUCACAACAUACUUUAGAUGGCUUAAUUUUGUUGACACUGCAUUGUCUUUGGAGCUCUUUUUUUUUCCCUCCCACAAUUUUUUUUUUUUUUUUUUUUUUAAAGUAGAAAUUCCCUCAAGUUUUAUCAGCCUCUUUGUAAGUCUCAAAUUGCAUGAAUCUUUUCUGGCUGUUGGAAACCUGAAUGCUUUUAGACCCAAAUGGAAAAUUUCUGAAAUGCUGGAUUAUCUAUUUUUAAACAAGCAGUUGACUUAAAACUUUCUGUGGCAACUUCUGUUUUUCUGACAGUUCCCAAUGAGAAAAAUUCUGCAAGUACACUGGGAUCACUGGGACACUGUCUUUGUGAAGGUUUGCUUGGGAUGAAAAAGGAUAUUGCAGCUUCAGCAGUGUUGAACUGUGUGUUUAAAAAUGUGAAUUACUGUUAUUGUAUACUGUAAUUGAUUACAUGGGCUGGGGGGGUGUCAAAGAACUUGACAGGUUGUGUUGAUGCUCUUAGUUGAGUCUUGAAAAGUAAAUAUUAACGCUACAGAAAUGCAUGAGUUUCAAUAUAUUUUUGUCUUUGUUUGCAUUGUAUAACUUUAACGAGUGAGUUUAAAAUUAUUUAAUUUCCUUAGAGAAAUAGCACCAUUUGGAAACUGGUGUUAUAAAGAACAUAAAUGCACUGUUUUUAUUUUAUUUUAUAUAAUUUAAAUUGACUUUCCCACUGUCUUUUAAGUUGAAACUGUUAAGCUGAAUAAAAACUUAAGCUGCAAAUUGAUAACUUCGCUACAUAACAAGGAAAAUAUAAAUGUUUACAAACGGCUUAAAGAUUUGCAUGUGCAGUGUGCAUUUAUAACGAACUCUUAAUUGCACAAAACCCAUGCCAGCUCAAAGUUUAGGUGUACACAUUUACCCAGUUGAGCAUUUUUAGAAUAACUACUGCACAAAUUGACAAUAGGUCAUUCUUUUUCUUGUUGUUGCUCCCCUUUUCUUUUUCUCCCCUUCUUCCUUCCCCUCCCUCAUCUCCCUCCACCCCCCACCCCCCACUCUUGAAAAGAUUCUAUGGACUGAAAAAGCCCCGGGCUGAAAGGACUGGACUGCCUUGAUUGACAUGGGGAAGGGGGUUAGUAGACUAUGUGUAUCGCAGCAGCAGAAGCUGCAGCCCAAUGUGUGGUUUAAUGACCAGCACACAGGGCAAAAGCAUUUUGCACAGUGUUUGUUUUCCUGUCUUGCACUUACAAAUAAGGUCUAUGGGAGUAGCAUGGAAAACGUUUGCUGUUUUUCCCUUUUUUUUUUUUAAAUUGCUUUUGUUUAAAAUUUGAUCGCCUUAACUACUGUAAACAUAGCCUAUUUUUGUGCUUAAGAUACUGAAUGGAAAACUCCAUUGUGUGUUGCUGGACUGUUUUGGAAAUAUUUGGUCAAAUGUGUGUUAAUUUGGCUGUAAUGGCAUUUAAAGCAAACAAACAAACAAAAAAAGCUGUGAAAAUGGCCUUGGAUCAUUAUCUUUAGUUACUUGAAGAGUUUCUAGUUUUUUUAAAAAUACAGUUUAUGUUAAGAUAAUUUUUAUUAAUUUAGAGAAGACAAUCAAUGUCUGUGAGAAAACGGACUUUCUUUUGGAUUUUCUUUUUGUGGUCAUUGUGAGUGAUUGCUUUUUCCUCUUAUUAGUUUCACAUUCUUCCUUUGUUCUAAAAACUUAGACUGACAUCUAGCUUUGACAAUCAUAGUAUGUUUUAUUUUCCUGAGGGGGGAAUAACUUAUAAUGCUGUUUAGUUUUGUACUAUUGGUGUGUUGGUGAAUUUUUAAACUGUGUGCUAACUGCAAUAAAUUAUAUGAACUGAGAA